AUGACAGCAAAGGGGUACUAUGGGGGAUUCGCAACGGCGGCUUUCAAGGCGGGAGCAGCGAGAGGGCAGUUCAAGAAAGAUCCCCUCCCACCGGCGCCUGCGGAGAAAGAGGGAGACAAGAAUGAGACACUCGUUCUAGUUGGGGUGGUGGGGACAAAGCUUGAGGACAAGAAUGUUCACUCCAGGUCCUCUGGUGAUAUGUACGGUGCAGGCUGCGUUACUAUCGCUGCCUUCCUCCCCCCCCCUCCUCGUCCCGCUCUCUCCCCCUUUCCUCCGUUCCCCACUCUCUCAGCCUUUCCUCUUCCCCCCAAUCUCUCUCCUUCUCCUCCUUUCACCAAUCUCUCACCCUCUCCUCCUACUCGCACUCUCUCACCCUUUCCUCCCCCCUCACUCUUCUCGCCCGUCCCCUCGUCCCUCACUCUUCUCGCCCUUCCCCUCCCCCCUCACUCUUCUCGCCCUUCCCCUCCCCCCUCACUCUUCUCGCCCGUCCCCUCGUCCCUCACUCUUCUCGCCCGUCCCCUCGUCCCUCACUCGUCUCACCAUCCAACACUUUGUCCCAUCUAA